AUUACAGCGACCAUCAACUCUCUCAAGGAAAAGCUUGUGGAAGCGGCACCCUGUGACGAAAGCAUAAAUGACUUGCGCACCCUUAUCAACAAGUGUGCUAGAGAGAUGUUCGGCGUUGCACGGGGGAUGGAAAAGUCUGUGAAGCGUGACUGGUGGAACGAGGACUGUGCAGCUGCGUGGAAUGAUAUGAUGAGUUUCCGUAAGGAGGUCAGGGACCCCGUCUCAGGCAAGCUGCCCGAUCUUCAUAGGACUACCUGCAAGGCCAAGCACCGUGCCUUUAAGAAGGUUAGGAAGGCCGCUAUUCAGGAGAUUGAAAUGGAAGAUAUGCGGAGGAGGAUUAAGGACGCCCGGUCCAACCCACGCAGCUUGUGGACAUGGCUGCGUGGGGGAAAACCACCUCCUUGCGGGAUCUCAGAUAUUAAUGCUUUUACCGAGCGUUUUUGGUACGGGAGAGACGAGGCAAUGCCGCAAUGAGGGUAUUCAGUUUAAAUGGCUGGACGCGGACCAGGUGACGCACCGACGGGAAUUAGCUGCUUGGCUUAACAAGGAUUUUACGGAGGAUGAAAUUGCUAGUGGCCUUAAGGCUAUGCGCAACAAUAAGUCCGCGGGCCUGGAGGGAACCCCGGCCGAGUAUUAUAAGUAUGCUAUCAGGGAAACUGAAGGGCAGUGGCGCCUUACUUAACGGUGCUAUACAACCGCAUAUACGGAGCUGAAUACCCG